AAAAAAAGAAGAAGAGAAAAAGGAAAUUUGUGAUGCGAAAAAAAGAAGAGCAGUUUUUUUGGUUAAAGCUUAUUAAAAAAUUGAAAUGAGCUUUCAACUAUCUGCAAACACUACCACCGCCAGUGGAACAACUGGAACGCAGGAAAUUAAGCCAGCCGAGUUCUCAUUUGGGAGCAUUGGAGGGGGGGACGCAGACGCAAAGCUGACGUUUCCUCUGAGUACAACGACAACCACAGCUGCUUCUGCUGUUACGGCCCCUACAACGUCGACUUCUGGAUUUAUUUUGGUCCCAGGGAGUACCACUGCUACCACAAGUGCGACAAAUGGCUUCGGAUUUGGAACUUCUAGUUCAGCUACUUGCACUGCGGCAGCGAAUUUUACUUUCGGGAUUUCUGUUACAUCCACGGCUGCUGCGAUUACAUCGGCUACAGCAAUACCGGCACUAAUAAGCAAUGCUGCGACUUGCUGUGCUGCAGGUACAACAGUUACUUUUGCCACUCUAACUACGGCCACUAAGACAACGGAUUCGGCAGCAAUAAACAGAGCCUCACAAAUUUCUUACAGCCAAAUAGAAGAACUUAUUAAUAAAUGGACUCUUGAGCUAGAGGAACAAGAGAAAGUUUUUACCGAUCAAGCUACACAAAUCAAUGCCUGGGACAAAAUACUUAUUGGUAACAAUCAAAAAAUUUUCGAACUUAAUGAUGCUGUGCAGAAGAUUAAAAACGAUCAACAGACUCUCGAGCAAGAGCUAGAGUUUAUAGCUACGCAGCACAAAGAGUUGGAAGAAAGUAUAGUACCACUACAAAAGGAAUUUAUGAAAAUACCGCAAGUCGACAUGGAAAGAGCUCAGACAUAUUUAAUGGUAGAAAACUUAGAUUCGCAAUUAAAACAAAUGUCAGAGGACUUGAAGGAAAUCAUAGAUAAUUUAAACGAAGCAAGUAAUUGUCAGGAUAGCACUGAUCCUAUAAUUCAAAUUGGAAAAAUACUUAAUGCUCACAUGAGCUCUUUACAAUGGAUUGAACAGGGCACCACUAAUAUAAGCAACAAAUUGGAGGAUAUUACUAAAAUGCAUGAAACCUUCAAAAGAGACACUGAACGUUCCUUCCGUUCGGCUUAUUACAAUUAGUAAGAUCAUUUCGAAGUUAUAUUAAACUUUAUUGAUGCGCAAAUACU